CUUAAAAAUACAAACACAAUUUGCACUCGAUCGCCAUACCCCAACCAAUUUUAGUUUUUCGAAAUAUGAACGAUUCCGUUCCAAGAAAACAAAUAUUAAAUAAAUAUGUUCAGCCUUAUAAUAUUGAUUGCACUCCCUAUACGGCAAGCAAUUUCAGUAAUAAAGUACAACAAUAUUGUUUGACUCAACCAAAUGAAAUAAAUUUUGCGUUUGAUACAUUGAAGAUGUGUAAAGUUAUUGUUAUUGGAGACACAUGUGUAGGAAAAACAAGUCUUAUUAAUAGAUUUACAAAAAAAAUGUUCGAAGCCAAUUAUAAAUCUACAAUAGGGGUAGAUUUUGAAAUUGAAAAAUUUUUAAUUUUAGGAGUGUCUUACUCUUUGCAGAUAUGGGACACUGCAGGUCAAGAAAGGUUUAAAAGUAUAGCACAGUCAUAUUAUCGUGCCGCACGGGUUAUUGUUAUAUGUUUUGAUUUAACGAAUUAUGAAAGCUUAUUACAUUCAAGACAAUGGCUGGUGGAAGCACUUAAUGCUAAUAGACAUACUAACCCUUUAGUUUUCUUGGUUGGUACCAAACAAGACUUGCUUAAUGAUUUUUCAUACAAGUGUAUUUUGUCUGAUGCAUUUAAACUUGCCAAAGAAUUGAAAGCGGAAUACUGGACAGUUUCUUCCAAAUCAGGAAAGAACAUUAACAAAUUGUUUUCUAGAAUAGCCGUAUUAUCGUUUGAUAAAUUAAUUAAGGAACAAAAUGAUGUUAAGGAGAAUGUUCUACAAAUCGGUGAAAGAUUAGACGGAUUGGGGAAUAGCCGCUGUAAAAAGACCAAAACGCAUUUCUUGAAAAACUGUUGUUCUUAAAGAUAUAUAAGUAUUAUUUUUAUACAAGUACGUCGUGCUUUAUCUACCAUUGAGCCCCAGUAUCUAUUUCAUUUUAGUUUUAUUUGUGUUUUUCUGAUCUUCAUGUUGUUUGGAUUAAAUAUAUAUUUUCAUAUUUUAUGGAA